AUGUUGAAUACAGUGUCAGAGUGGGCUUCCUCGCAACCAGUCGAACAAUCAGAACAAACAUCAACGACCCCAACGGAUGAUCAUGACGAGGGAGUUAUGUACGUGUCCGAAUCACCUCAAGGAAACGAGCGGUUGUUGAGCGCUGCACUGCGUUCAAAAAUGAUAUCCUUAUCAAAAGUGGCGGAUGAGAGAGUGCAGCAGCAGAUGAAGAAGUGUAUUGAAAUGAUGAGAGGUAUCGAUGUUGAAGUGUCGUCCGAGAUAGCUCUCCACCGCCCGACUCCGAGUCGUCCUCACCUAGCUCGGCGCGUUGAUCUGUCCCAGACAGGUCGUCCGCCUAAUUACGCUCCAAUCCGACUAGCAAAGAGGGCGACCUUGAAAAAAAGGCCAGAAAUGCCGGAGCAAAGCCCUGUCGAGGAGUUGAACCCAGACGACAUCCAGUGUUGUGUUAUGUGCUUUAGAAGAAUUCCCGACGACGGCUCAGAUAGGGAUUUUGAUGAAUGGGUCAAGUGCUCCGUAUGUGGUUUAUGGGCCCACGAAAGCUGUUCCGGGCAAGGAACACCUUGCCCCUACGACGAAGGAAUUUUCACCUAUUCUCCAUAG